UGUGUUUACUUCCGGGUUGUGGCAGUCGAAAACAAGAGGGGCAGCAGCACGCCCACGGACACCGAGCAAAGCGGAUUAAAGCGCCGCAGACAUGGCAGGGGAGUCCGAGGACGAGAUACCAGAAUCAGGAGCAGUUUUCACUUUUGGAAAGAGCAAAUUCGCCGACAAUGUCCCCAGUAAAUUCUGGCUUAAAAACGAUGUCCCGUCAAAGAUCGCCUGUGGGGACGAGCACACCGCCUUAAUCACAGAAAAUGGGAAACUCUUCAUGUUUGGCAGCAACAACUGGGGCCAGCUGGGUCUGGGGUCCAAAGUGACGGUGAACAAGCCCACUUGUGUCAAAGCCCUGAAGUCAGAGAAAGUUGAGUUCGUGGCCUGUGGGAGAAACCACACUCUGAUCUCCACAGCUCAGGGGAAGGUGUUCGCCGCAGGGGGGAACAGUGAGGGUCAGCUGGGGCUCGGCGACUGCGAGGAGAGGACGGCCUUCCAGAGGGUCGCGUUCUUCGAUUCACGAGGGCCAAUCAAAAUGCUCGCUGCCGGGUCAAACACCUCAGCCGCUCUCACAGAGAGCGGUAAACUGUUCAUGUGGGGCGACAACACGGAGGGUCAGAUCGGUUUGGGGAAGGAGAGCCACGCCUUGUCGCCACAGGAAGUCAGCGUGGGGCAACCAAUCAGCUGGGUGUCCUGUGGGUACUACCACUCUGCCUUCGUCACAGUGGACGGAGCUCUGUACACAUUUGGUGAGUGUGACAGCGGCAAACUGGGCCUGGGCACCGACCAGCUGCCUCGACACCGAGUCCCUCAGCUGGUGAAGAGCGUCAAGGAGCCCGUGGUUCAGGUGGCCUGUGGAGGAGGACACACGGUGGCACUCACAGAGGACGACGUGUUCACGUUCGGUCUCGGUCAGUUCGGCCAGCUCGGUCACGGGACAUUCAUCUUCGAGUCCCGGCUGCCGCGGCCUGUCGAGCACUUCAAGAGAGGCCGAGUGUGUCAGGUGACCUGUGGAGAGAACCACACUGCCGUCAUCACAGACGGCGGCCUGCUGUACACGUUUGGAGACGGCAGACAUGGGAAACUGGGCCUGGGAGAAGAAAACUUCACCAACCAGUUUAAACCGACUCUGUGUCCACGUUUCCUCAAGUACAACGUUCAGGCCGCUCCGUGCGGCGGCUGCCACAUGGUCGUGUUGGCUCGGCCGCGGGAUCCGAGCUGCGCUGACGUCACUCUGGAGGAAGACGACGUGACGGAAGAUUACCUGGAGAAGCCGUAUGUGGAGCUGCUGGGGGACACAACGGACCCCUCCACCCUGCAGAGGAGCCUCUCUGCUCGGGUCCGCAGGAGGGAGAGGGAGAGAUCUCCGGACCAGUUCGGCACCAUGUUCCACACGCUGCCCGCCAUGACGCCCGGCUACUUGCACCCGCCGCUGCCCGUCUCCAGCCACACCAUCCCGCCCAGACUGCCUCCACCUGAGCUGACCCACAGAAAGGUGCUCAAUGGCACUCACCAGGAGCAGACAGGAGGCGAGACAGACAGCGUUGUGGAGAGCCUGACUGACACGGACAGCGUUAAAGGCCUCGGAGAAACCACAGACUUCCUCAACAUGACACACGUGAUGAAGAUGCACCCCGGUGAUAAAACACUCACUCUGUCUCCAGUUCAAAAGAGGAAGGGUAAGCACGGUAAGACCACUAAAGGGCUGAGAGAGAACCCAGUGAAGGAGAGUAAGCUCCUGAAGCAGAGCAGCUUCUCUUCCACUUCCCCGUCUCGUGGCAGCAAGGCUGUGUCUCCUCGCAGUCCGCUACCCACAGAGCUCCUGAGGAGCCCUGGCGCUCGGUCUCUGGCUCCUCAGAGCCCACUCAGACUCAGAACAACCAACAAAGAGAAUCUGACCAUGGAGGAGCUGCAGAGGAAGCCCAGUAAGAACAAACCGAGUGUAGGGGACAUUAGGAAGGCGGCGUCCAAGCAGCGGCUGAGGCCAGCUCAGGGGAAGAGCCAGCUGAUAGAGGUCGGCAGGAAGCUGGAGUCUAAACAAAGUCCUGAAACCAGGAAGACGGUUGUUUCAGGCGCAGAGAAAGUGAAGCCGUCGAAACCUAAAAGCAAACCGAUAGCGGUGCGAAGUGCAGGAGCUAGCUCGCCACGCUCACCCGGGUUUCACCUGGGUGACGCUUUGGAUGACGAGAGCUCAGGUCGACGUCUCUCCGAGGUUAGAAAGAAAUCUAAAGACGCAGAUUUUUCUAAAAAGGCCAAGAACGAGAAAAACAAAAAAGAGGCAGAAUCAAACAAAGAAACUUCGUCGAAGCUCGGCCUGCUUGCCGGAGCGGCCUCGCUCGCAGCAGGGUCGGUGUUAGUGCAUGAGGUGGCGUCCAGAAGCCGUUUGAGCUCGCCGUCGCUGUCCGAGACCAGCCAUAGCGCCAGGAAAGACAGUAUGACAACGUCACGGAGCGAGGAGUCCGAAUCUGGCGCUGUGGAUGUUAGCAACAAGUCCGCCGUCAGCAUCAACAUCAUACCUGAUAGUUCUGAAGGCAGGACGAGUCAGGACGAGGAGGAAACAAGUCAGGACGAGAAGACAACGAGUCAGGACGAGAAGGGAACGAGUCAGGACGAGAAGGGAACGAGUCAGGACGAGGAGGAAACAAGUCAGGAUGAGAAGAGAACGAGUCAGGAUGAGAAGGACACGAGUCAGGAUGAAAGUGAGGAGGAGAGUAAGGACUCUGUGACGGUCAAACAGGAGGAGGAGGAGGAUGAAGAUGAGGAAGAGCAGAGAACCAGUGCAGAUGUAAGUGAGGAAGAGGAAGAGGAGGAUGUCAGUCACAUCAAGAAAGUAACAGAAGAAGAAGACGAAGAUGACGAAGACAGUAGCACUCUUCAACCAGAGGAUGAGUCGGAAAGCGAAGCAGGUGAGGAGGCAAGUGGGGAUGAGGAGGAAGACAGCGCUGAGGAAGAGGAGGAGGAAGAGGAAGAGGAAGCAAGUGUGACAGCAGGAAGUGAAAGUGAAGACGAGACUGAAUCAAAGGAGAGCAAAGGAGGUGAUGCAGGAGAGGAAGAGGAGGAGGAGGAAAGUGAGGAAGGGUCGAGUCAAGAGACGGAAAGCAAAGGAGGAGAGUCUGAAUAUGAGGAGGAGGAGGGUGAGGAAGAAGAAGAGGGGGAUUUGGAAGGCGAGGGUGAGGAGGAGGAGGAAGGUGAGGGUGAGGAGGAGGAGGAAGGUGAGGGUGAGUCUGCUAAGUCGUCUGAGGAGGAAGAGGAGAGUGAGGUAGAGAGUGAGACAGAGGGAGGAGAAGAGGAGGAGGAAGCAGAGGAGGGGGAGGAGAGUAGUGCAGCGGAGGAAGAGGAGGAAGCAGAGGAGGAGAGUGAAAAUGAAGAGGAGGAAGCAGAGGAGGAGAGUGAAAAUGAAGAGGAAGAGGAGGAAGCAGAGGAAGAGGAGGAAGAGAGUGCUGAGGAAAAAGAGAGUGAGAAGGAAGUGGUAGAAGAAGAGGAGGAGGGGGAUCAAGAUAGUGAGGUCGAGGAGGCUGAGGAGGAAGAGGCUGAUGAGGAUGAGGAGGAAGAGGCUGAUGAGGAGGCAGAAGAAGAAGAGGAGGGGGAGGAGGGUGAAGAAGAAGAAGGAGAAGAAGAGGAAGAGGAGGUUGUCAAAAAGAAGAAGUCAGCUGAGGUCAGAAGCAUUAAGUCCAGAGGUAAACAGAGGUCAGGGGUCAAAGGUCAGGCAGCAGACGAGUCAGAGGAGUUUUGGGACGACGUGUUGCCGCAGUACCUCAACCUGAAAUAACUCUAAUAAUCAACAUGAUCAUCUUCACCAUCGAUCAAUAUUUUUAUCUGUGAAACAUCAGGAAACAACAGAGCCCAGUUUCAAACAUAUACAUUCACACCGGCGCUAUUUGGUCCACUUUAAACGAACCCUGGUCCGCUUCCACAGAUAGUUCGGUUCGUUUGGAGUGGUGUGAACGCUCAUUCAAACCAAACGAGCGAAACCUGGUCCGCUUAAAAAACUGGGGGUCUCGGUUCACUUGCAAGUGAACCCUGGUGCGGUUCGCUUACAGUGGGAAAUGCAAACGGACUAUCCAGCGAACCAAAGAGAGGGAGUGAACCAAAGACAGGAAGUGAACCAAAGACAGGAAGUGAACCAAAGACAGGAAGUGAACCAAAGAGAGGAAGUGAAACAAACACAGGAAGUGAACCAAAGACAGGAAGUGAACCAAACAGAGGAAGUGAACCAAAGAGAGCAAGUGACAUAGGGCACAGUGCAUUUUGGGUAGGAAAAAAAAACAAAGCCAACAGUGCAACCCGGGAGAAGCAGUUUUUAAAUUGUUUAGCGAGAGGUUUUCUUCUUCCUCGUGUUUUUUUCUUCCCGGUCUGCUGCUGUUCGGGCAAUGCCGCCCCCAAACGUACAGCUGUUAUAACUGCGUGACGUUGUCCUGGCGGUUUGGUCCGCUUUAAAAAAUGCAGUGUGAAAAUGAACCGAACCAAAUGAAGGUGUGAAAUUUUUCGGCAGUCCCCGCCCAAUUGAACCAAGUCCCUCGGACUAUCCUGGUGUGAAUGCGCCCCAAGGUUCAAAAUGGCACAAAUGGGCUUCCAUAGAUAUUAGCCGUUAGCAUUAGCAUAGUGUUGAGUGUAGCUUUAACAAUGGAUCAGAUCAUUAGAGCUCGUAGUGACAAAGUAUCAUCAGCAGUUGUACGACUCUCCUGAUCUUCUUCUAGCUCAAAGUUUUACGACCCGCGGCUUCAUCGUCUCAGCGACAGUUGAUCUCCAGGUGAAGUCGUAUCUUCAAGGUCAAACUAAAACUGUGUCUCUGGCCCUUUGGCCGAUGUUACAAAGUGAGUUUCUCCAUAAAUCUUCCUGUUUACAAACUAUUACGUGAGAGUGUUUAUCGCCAGCCAGUCUGUAUGAAUCUGAAGCUACACGAGGAUAAGAGUUUGGGAACGAACCAGGUCCCUGAACGUCUCACUCACGGUGCCUUUACUGCUCAUAUUCCUGUCAUUCUUAUCUCAUCAUCUUAUUCACUUCUCAUGUGAUGACACAUUUCUGUUUCCGUCUUCAUGUUUUAUUCACAACUGCUUUUUAUAAUGCUCGUCUUAAACUUUGCUUUUAAAGAGUGUGUUUACGUCUUUCUGUGGCAGCUUGAAAUGGUUCAUGUGGGGAAAAGAAAGGAAAGUUUUUAGUUUAUUUUGGUUCAGUAUUUUAGACACAGUGAAGAGAAGGAGUUGGAAACAUCAGUGGUAAAUAAAAAAUAAGAUGCCAGUAUUUUAUUAUUCUCCAGACAGGCUGCUUUGAUUAAAGAUUUACAUUUUUAUUUUAUUUCAUCUUCUGCUUUUUACUUUCUUUGUCUGUUUUUGUUCAUUUCUGUAUUUGUAAUAAAUAUUGAUAUUUAUUUCAUUCAUUUUGUUUUGGUUGUUUUUUUUUAAGAGAGAUAACUUUUAAGAAAAGUUUGAGACGGAGGGUGUAACAUUAAAAACAAGUCACGUUUUGAAUGAUGAGACUCGAUAUUUCAUCAAAUCGAAUCCAGAAAUUGAAAAAAAUUGGAAAAAUUACGCAGGUAUUUUAUUUGAACUUUGACGUCUUUACAGCUAAUUAUUAUUUUAAUUUUUAUUUAAUCUCUGUAUUUUUCCUCCUUUUAAUUGUUUUUUGUCUUUAAAAUGUCAGAAAAUACAGAGUAGUGUUUAUAAUGAAUUCCCAACAAUCCAACGUGACAUCGUCAUAAUUCAAAGAUAUUUAUUUAAGUAAGAUAAAAAACAGACACAAUAACUUAAAUAUCAAAUCAAAUGUCCAUAAACUCUGACGUCUGUCAUCUCAGUUUGUUUAGUGUUUGAUUGGCCGGUGUCAGGAUCAGGUGGGACCUGUUUUCUUACUUCCUGUCACGUCUCUGUGUUUCUAAUCCGUCGUGUCGUCCCCUCCCAUCAUUCCCUGCCUAUGUAUACCUAUUCUGCCGAUGUGAUGAAAGGAAUUUGUCCGGAAUAAUGACUUAGUAUCACAAAAUAAUGACACAAC